UUGCAGAUAAGUUAUUAGCAAUUGCGGGUGAACAAAAAACUGACCCGCACAUGACUGGCGAGCAUACAGUUUUCAUUUAACCACACCCUUUGAGCUAUGACGCCAACCAAUAACGUCGUUUCUCUUCUGUGUAAACGGAAGUGAACAGUGACCAAGAACAAUUUCCACAUUAGCGUUUUUAUUUUUACGUUUAUUGACACCAUGGAAAUCAAAAUAUGACAAAUUUAACCGCACAGCAUCACAUACUUAGCCCAUGUAGUCUUUAAUUCUCGUUGGAUAGAGGAUUUGGUUGAUAGAUGUUAUCUAGCUAGCUGCUAACUUUGGCUAACAAUGGCUAACUGUUUGGUUUUUCACACUCAAAUAGCCUCCAUCAUGGAGGUGCUAGCAAAUGCAGCCGUGGCAGACAUUUGUAAACUCGUAGACGACGACUAUGCAGUGUUUCGUUUGGAAAUAACUCAAAGCCAGAAAGAAAACAGGGCAUUGCGGAGGAAACUACAGCUACUGGAACUGAAGGUGGCACGGGAGCGCGUCCCCGCCAGUCGUCCCAGCAGUGUCAAGAUCCUCGACCGACACAGAAACAUAGCAAGAGGUGAAGGACAUCUCACUGGAGGCCACAGGAGUUUUUUGAAGCCAGCAGGACAAAAUACAUGGAGAGGUGACCAACCAAUCACUGUUGAUGAGGGGAGUGGAACCUCAACCCAGCAUGUUAUCGUGAUAGAGUCUGCAGAUGCAGAGGCUGCAGGUCCUGGAGUCAAACAGGAGAGGUCUGAAGGAGAGGAUGACCCACGGCACAGCAGAGCCAUCCAGACUGGAGCAGCUGGAGCGCCCCCUGUAGCCAUGGAGGACCCCACCACCACCCCAGUGCAGCCCAGGACCCGACACAGCAUCACGGAGGAGGGACUAGAGGUGCUGCUAGUAAAGGAGGAGAGUCUGGGGAACCCUGAGGGGACCAUGGUCAUGGAGGACAACCAGACUACACCUCCUCCUGAACCCACAGAGGAACCAGCUGAGCAACACAGGACCACACACAGUCUCACUGAGUCAGUAGACAUGGAGGAUGAGAAGCCUGAUCUGCUGCUAGUCAAAGAGGAGACAAUAGAAGACAGACCAAAGAGCAUUGAUCUGCUGAGUGGACCUAAGAUGGGGGAGCAAGGUGAUUGGCUGGAGGCUAACAGAGAAGACUGGGUGGCCAUCUUGGAUUCCCAGACUCAGACGGGUGCAGCCAAGGGCCCAGGUGACAACAUCCCUGAGCAGGCCAGGACCAGAGGUGACAUAGUGGAGGUCAGUGGAUGGGACAGCGUCCUCAACUCUGGGCUGGGGAACAACACUGUUAACCACAACCAGAAACAGACAGUGGAACACAAAACAACAUCCGAACUUAGUCUCCAUGACAACAGACUGGCUGAGACCAAGGCGAGGUGUAGAUUUGGUCCACAGGGACAGAGAGGUGUCCAUAUGCAGCGGGAGAGAAUAGAAACAGACUCUGUUAACGAUACUCCAUCCUGCUCCUAUAGUUGUGAUUCAGAGAGACUGAUGGAGCCUCAGGUUAACCCCCUAACAGAUUCUGCCUUCAGCCUGCCUUCUAUAGGAUCUAUCAACUGGAACAUGAACGCUGUGACAACACAGACACUCCCUGGCCUUCAUCCUCCUCACACUCUCCUAAUGUUAAACCAGACCUCAGACAAUGCCAGUGCCUCAACACUAAAUGGCUACACAAGUCCAUUGACAAAUGAUAGUAUUAGGAUUAAUACUGUCAGUCGAUCUGGUGGCAAAGAGAAGCGCUUCCCGUGUUCAUUCUGUGGGAAAGCCUUCAGUUUCCCAAAACAGGUGCAGAUCCACCAGAGGGUCCACACAGGGGUAAAACCCUUCAGCUGUACCCAGUGUCACAUGUGCUUCGCUCAGACUGGUGACCUGAAGAGGCAUCAGAGGGUCCACACAGGGGAGAAACCCUACAGCUGCCCCCAGUGUGAGAAGAGGUUCUCCCGCAAGCACCAGCUGAAUAGGCACCUGAAUGUCCACACGGGAGAGAGACCAUUCGCCUGUACACACUGCAGGAAGAGGUUCUCAGAGAGGAGCUACCUCAGGAUACACCAGCAGAAAGACCAUUCCACUCUAUGACAUAGAAAGGAACCGUAUCACUCAAUACCUUCUGAGGUUUAGAUCAAACCCAGCAUUAAAGAGAAAGAAUAAUUGUCAUUCUUGUCAGCAGAAAAGAUCCACAGAUGCAUUUGGAAUAGCGAGAGUAGCAGAUUUCAAGGUUGAAUAUUCCUGGGUAGAAUAUUGCAUCCAGACAUUGUGUAAUAUACACUGAGUGCACAAAACAUUAAGAAUACCUUCCUAAUAUUUAGUGUCACCCCACCUUUUUGCCCUCAGAACAGCCUCAAUUCGUCGGGGCAUUGACUCUACAAGGUGUCGAAAGUGGAAGCUGGCCCAUAUUGACUCCAAUGCUUCCCACAGUUGUGUCAAAUUGUCUGGAUGUCCUUUGGCUGGUGGACCAUUCUUGAUACAUACGGGAAACUGUUGGGUGUGAAAAACCCACUAAUCUACACUGAUUGAAGUGGAUUUAACAAGUGACAACAAUAAGAGAUCAUAUCUUUCACCUGGUCAGUCUAUGUCAUGGAAAGAACAGGUGUUCAUAAUUGUACACUCACUGUAUAAGGCAUUUAUACAAUGAACAAAAAUAUAAACGCUACAUGCAACAAUUCCAAAGAUUUUACUGAGUUACAGAAAUCAGUCAAUUGAAAUAAAUGAAUUAGGCCCUAAUCUAUGGAUUUCACAUGACUGGGCAGGGGUGCAGCCAUGGGUGGGCCUUGGAAGGCAUAGGCCCACCCACUUGGAAGCCAAGUUUGUUGUUCAGUGUAUAUAUGAUGUUCACAAAUGCCUGUUACGUUACAUCCAUUCAACUACUUUAUUUUUUUCCCCAAGACACUUUUAAUGAGAAUUUUUUUAUCCAUGCAGAUGUUUAGUUGAUACAUGUGUAUUUGUAGUUUUCAUAUGGUGUAUUUAACACUUCUUUAUGUUUAAUAAACACAAAAUGGGACUUUUCA